AUGGACCAGCCAGGAACAGCCCAGCCGAUACUCUCGACCCCACUCUCAGCAGUCCUGCGCGCCGGAGGCCUCUCGCCCGGCACGAGGUACUCGCCCAGCCCGACGGUCAAGAGUCUCAGGCGGAUCCUCGAGCAGCAGGACCAGAAGACCAGACUGCCCCCGCUCGAGCGCAUCAGGCUGAUCAACUCCCAGUACUCGCUCCUCUUCAACACCGCCCAGCACACCGUCCAUUCGCGCGACUCUUCUGCCGAGUCCUCCGUCAUCCCCCUCGCCGAGCCAGUCCCAGAACAGCCGGACACCCCCACGACUGCGGCCAGUAGGAUUAGACGAUGGUUCAGGCUCACCAGGACCCAGGAUGAUAACAGCAUCCAGCCCGGGCCGCGCUCUGCAACUGCAGAGCUGCAGUCGAUCAUCAGCUAUUCCAACACAGACCCCGCUCCAUUCACCAAACCCAAGUUCCCGCUCGUCCUCUGCCACGGGCUACUCGGCUUCGACGUCCUAGGCCCCGCCGCCCUCGGCCUCUCAUACUUCCGCGGCGUACGCGAAGCUCUCGAAGAAAGAGGCGUCGAAGUCCAUGUGGCCAAAGUCCCAGCCUGUGCAAGCAUCGAGGAAAGAGCAAAGACGCUGGCCCAGUUCAUCGAGAGUAGAUUAGCCGGACGGACGGUCAACCUGAUCGGCCACUCGAUGGGCGGCCUGGACUCGCGGUUCCUGAUCACCCAUCUCCAGCCAACCUCGUUCAAGGUCGCGUCCCUAACAACCAUCGGGACGCCGCACCGGGGGAGUGCGUUUGCGGACUACCUGUUACUCGACGUCUUAGGCCGCCAGCACCUCCCCACCUUCCUCCAGAUCUCCAAGACCUUGGGGCUUCCAGGCGGCGGCCAGGCCUUCGUGGAGCUGACGAGCGAGCAGAUGGCCGCGUUCAACAAGACGACGCCGGACGUCGAGGGCACGGCCUAUUUCUCGUACGGCGCGACGUGCGAGCCGUCGUUUGCGAGCCCGUUCCGGCCGCCCUGGGGCGUCGUCUUCGAGCGCGAAGGCCCCAAUGACGGCCUCGUGUCCGUCGCGUCCGCCCAAUGGGGCACCUAUCUCGGCACGCUCAGGAACGUCAACCAUGCCGAACUGGUCGGAUGGGUCGAGCCGUGGCGGACGUCGAAGAAGCAGCUCGCCACCCUCGUCCCGCUCCACUCAGACGAUGUGCAUCAUCAGGACCAACAGUGCCACCAACACCACCAGACCGACCAGUUCCAGGUCGUCCCUUUCUACCUCCAAGUAGUCGACUCUCUGGCCAAGAAAGGCUUCUAA